UCUCUGGCUGCAAUGAAUCCACUAAGACGAUCGUCUGUUGAUCAGUGGUUUCAUAGUGUCAAGAAAGGCAAUGUUGCGGCAUUACAAAGAAUCCUUGAUCGUAAGACGGUCUGGAAUAUUGAUAUUCGCGAUGAUAAACUACGCUCAGCGUUAUACYUUGCAGCAGAGGUGGGCAAUCUGGAGUGUGUACAGAAGCUGUUGAAUCAUGGAGCUGAUCCCAAUAGACAGUCUAAGAUAGGGACCCCAGCCCAUGCUGCAAUCGAAUCGAAAAAUACGGAAAUCUUGAUACUCCUGCUAAACUACGGUGCACAUUUAGACGCCAAGAAUCGUAAGGGUCUUACAGUCUUAGAGCACGCUGAAGAGACGUUUGGAAAGAAAAAGACAAAAGAAAUUAUCACAAGCACGGAGCAUCUGAGGUUUGAUCAUUUGAAGAAGAAACUGAGAAAGUCCACUUUGAUUCCAUCGGAAAGUAAUGAUGACAUAGGAGUGGGUGUCCUCGCAUCACCAUUGCCUCAAGUGUCAUUUACAGACAUUCAUCAGUUCCACAAAGACAUUUAUGCCAAGGGGCCGUACAGCUUUUACAUAAAAGCAAAKGUUAACCAAGACUAUGUAACAGUUAAAAAGUACAGGAAUGAAGUCCAGGAGGACCAUGUCACAGCGUUGUUUGCGAGGGAAGUCAGAGCUAUGAGUAAUCUUUGUCAUCCCAAUAUACUUCUGAUGAUGUCAGCCUGUUAUGGCCCGRCUCUCAGUGACCGUUGUAUGGUAUUCGAGCCGGUAGAACGUGGCUUUUUACACAAACUGCUUCAUUCUGAGAACGAGCCGUUUGAAGAAGACGCAGUAAUUGAGAUAGCCCGUGGUGUUGCUUGUGGUUUGGUGUACAUGCAUGAACGAGGAUAUAUACACUGCUAUCUUGGUACACAUAGUGUGACAAUCACGGAAUCUUACCAAGCUAAAAUUUGUAACUUUGAGUAUUGUCAAGUUCUCAAGCCGUUUGAACAGUCAUGRGGUAAACCAAUAAGCCACAUAGAAGCCCUCUACGAGUUCAUGGCGCCCGAACAACUACGAGGCUUAGCCGCUGACAAGCUGGGCGAUGUCUAUAGUCUCGGUAUUUUAGUCUGGGAGUGCGCUACAAAAAGAAGACCUCUACAAAAUGUUAGCAACUUCAAAUGCAUUAUGCGCAAAGACGAUCCACGCAUGAGUAAAGUAUCUGGUCGAUGGAGUGCAAAUAUAAGGAAUCUGGUAAAGGAUUGUAUUAAACCAGCAGAUARAAGACCAAACUCUGUCCAGGUUUUUGAUUGGCUAGAUGGACUAACUAAUCUUCGUUUYGUAAACACACGWCCAGCYACCAUGGUUAUCGAAGASAUGCCUUGUUUAUUUCCAAGAAUAAAGGUUGAACUAAGCAAACUUUACAAAACCAUUUAGRAUGUGACAUGGUAUGUAGU